UUCAAUAAUAUGUCGAACUAUUAAUAAAUCGAUUUAAAACAUAAUAGUGAACUUGUGGCUCACCUGAACGCUGUAACAUGAAAUGUUUCUUUUGUGAACAUCAAGCCUUGUGCAACUUACAAACUCGCGUGCACAAGCUGCUACUUGGCUGGUUUGUAUUACUUGGUGUUAAUAAUGUAUGAGCAGAGCUUUUGUUUCACUUAGUCCAUGUCAGUAGCCUACUAUUGGUUAUUAGUUUAUUGACUGCUUAGUAUAUAAUUGUAUAGCAUGCAUCUUUGCUUUGAGGUGAAUAAGAACAAUUUACUGCACUGAAGAUGCUUUGUGUACAAUUAUUAUCUUACAAAGACUAACCUCUCUCUUCUUAUUUUUUUCCUCAGGCAGAUUUUAAACUAUGUGCGAAAAAGAAUCAUUUAACAGAAUUCUCCAAAAUAAAACUUUCCUCUUGGAGACUUUAUCUGAAGAUCCCGAUAUCAUCUAGCAGCAUGUGCAGGAGGCUAAACUUAUUACCCUCCGUGACUACAGGAACCUCUCAGAUAUUAAAAAAAGAGAGGAGAAAGUCACCAAACUACUUGACAAACUCAUGGGAAAGGGGGAGGAAACUUGUCACCAGUUCAUAGACCUUUUAAGACAAGACUUUAUAUUGGAAAUGUGUCCAAAAUUAAAGGAUCAUGCCGUUACUGCUCUUCCAGCCAUGCCACACAGCUCUCCAGUGCAGGAGGUCUCUCAAUACAAAAUAGAACAAAUUCCACGUGGUAUCUGCGUAAUCAUCAAUAAUGUGGAUUUUGCAACCAUGGAUGAAAGAAGGGGAUCAGAUGAGGACCAAAAGUGUCUUGCCGAAGUGUUCCACUGGCUGGGGUUUGAGGUGGUGGAGCACAGAAAUAAAACUGCAGCUGAGAUGAAGAAUCUCCUCAAGGACGUGGGGAAGACAGUAGAUGGAGACUGCUUUGUGUGCUGCAUCCUCUCCCAUGGCAUAGAGAAAGGAGUCUGUGGAACCGAUGGUUCUGUUAUUUCUGUCGAUGAAAUACGAGAGCCUUUCAUUGGCAAUAACUGCCAGAGGCUAGCUAACAAGCCCAAGCUGUUUUUCAUACAAGCAUGUCGUGGGAAAAGAAAUCAGCAACGUGUGCAUGUCCAAGCGGAUGCUCCAGAUGAUGGAGAGUCAGAGAUGGAGGAGGAUGGUGAUAAUUUUGAUAUCACAAUCCCAGCUGACACGGAUUUCCUUAUUGCCAGGUCAACCAUUGAUGGUCACCUUUCUUAUAGAAGUCCAAAAGAGGGCUCCUGGUUUAUUCAGUCACUUUGCCGAAAUCUACAGGAGCUUUGUCCAAUGGCUAUAGACAUCCAGACCAUCCUGCUUCGUGUGAAUAAUGAGGUUAGUAGUCAGGGAUUCAGGAGCAAACAGAUGCCCGUCCAAGAAGUCGCCAUGAGGAAGAAGCUGGUCCUGCUGCCAGCGUGAACCACUGAAAGAUCCUACAGCAUACGGCAUUGCUUGAUAUGAAUUAUGGUUUUAUAGAAUCAUUUAUAAUGUUCUUAAAGUUUGUUUUUAAAUCAGGAACGGCACUGGUUACUUGAAGGGAAUCAUGAGCCAUUUGA